CUGAGAGAGGAUCUGUGCCGCGAUCGAGCGCUCAUGGCAGCUAAUGAUUAUCGCGCGUACCUGCGGAAUCAUAUCGACAUGGAAGAGGCUCCGGGGCGCGCUCCGCACACGGGCUCCACGCACAGAGCGCUCAUAUUCGGCACGCUCGCUGUCAUGGGACUGCUGCAGGUCGCGUCGAGUGUGGCGAUUUUGUUGCACUUAACCGGUUAUCUCCGAGAGGUCGACCUUGCCUCAGCCCAGCAGAGUCCUAAUGAGGAAAUGCACAGUGAAACCUUAAUAGCCGAUCCACUCAAAGGUUUGAAGGAUAAGAAGGAAAAAUGUCGAACAAAAAAGGACUUGCGCAUGCCAUCGGCUCACCUUCCUAUCAAGACGCCCAUUCAUUUUUUACCCAAAGAUCGAAAUGACCUGACCGUAAUCCUUUGGGAUGAUUUUGGAGGGCUGAAGAAGAUGAAAUACCAUGACGGACGACUUCUAGUGGAUGAAACGGGCUAUUAUUAUGUGUAUGCCAAGACCUGCUUUCGAUAUGCUAAGGAGCACGAGUCGGGCGAAGAGGACGUCAGCAAUGUACAGUUGUUUCAAUACAUUUGCCACGAGAAGCAUACGCAGUCUGUCAUUACACCAGUUCACCUUACGAAAAGUGGCGGCACGCUGCAGUGGAACAUCUCGGACUACAACAUGUACUGUGUGGAGCAGGGCAGAGGCAUCCAGUUGAGUAAGGGCGAUGGUAUUUUUGUCAGCGUAUCCAAUGCGUGGCUGCUGGACGCAGCAGCUGAGGGGACGUAUUUUGGCGCAUUUAAGAUAAGCGAUUGAUUUGCAUUGAUUUUGCUACUGAACAUGUUUAUGCACAUUUUGCAACCUUACGAACUUUUUCAAAGUGACCAUGAACCACUGAGCACUUGUUUUUUUGAUCACUGACUUUUGAAUUUUUGUUCAGUAUAGAUGACUUUUAAGAGCACAUUAUAACUUUGAACACUUCUCAGUUGCCAUUGAAGCUCUUAAAUACCAGCACUAGAAGACCAAGAAUGGACUCAGGCCUCUGUCCGUGUUUUUUUUACGUUUUUUUAUAGUUAACCAAUACUGGCAAUAAGGGCCGCCGUAAAGAGGUGAAGGUUAGGACAAUUUCAAGGGCCCUGACCAGAGUGGGGGCUGACACAAUCCCUGGGACGCAAUCACAAUUUCAAUGAGUGCCGAGGCAAAAACCAUCCAAGGAUGUCUAGAAACCCUAGCAGCUCCCCUACUGGAAAUAGGUAUCAGUCCAAUACUGGUACCCAUACUCUUAAAAUGCUCCAGUACCGACAACCGUGCAGUGAAUCACAGCGGUGGAGAGGUGGUGAACAGCCCUAGUAAAGUACGCCAAAUCACAGUAGUCCGCCGCGACCUUCGCAACAGAGGAAAAAUGUAUGAACUACGGGCUCGAAUUUAGUUCGAAACAUACUCGGUGUGAACUUGUGGUUCAUUGAAGUGUUGUAUAAAAGCAAUAUCACAUUUUCUGCCUUAGCCGUAGUGACUUAUUGUUAGGAGUGAGUACCAAAAAAUAUCAGCCUUAAGACAGUAAUAAAAGACGACAUCCUUAGUUUGCAUCCUGAACUUCAUAAUCACAUUUAUUGAUUGGAUCAAGAUAUAAAACAAAAGAAGUCUAAAUGCCAUGAAAUGUUUCAUUCUAACAAGUAGGGCUGGGUAUUGACACAAAUUGACAUCACUUGAAUUAGUCACCUCGUAAAAUAUGUAUGAAUUGCCAUGAGAUCAGUUUGUUUAUAUUGAUGUCUUUGCGCAGUUGAGACACUGAUUGAGCGAUUACAUGAGACAGGAUAUGGAUUUCGAUAAGUUGUACUCUUCCUUUUAACAUACCUUGUUAUACCUGGUUCAUGUUUAUUUCAUGUUGAAACUGGUUUUAAAGCAAAGGAGAUGAACAGUUCACAUGCCGCUACUCUUGAACUGAGGCGCUACAGCGAUCUGUCACUCCACAUUAAACAGCACCGAAGCGGCAUUUAUUGUUUGAAUACUAUAAUAAAAUGGACACAAUUUGAAAUCUGAGAUUGUUUCAUAUCAAAAGUAACAAAGCACAAAGCUUAUUUCGAUUUAUUGGAUGAGAGACGCGCUAAAUGAAAACAGGCUAGAUAUCGUUUCGUAAAAUGAGAAUUGUUUAAAUUCAAGAAAUCAAUAUUUUUUUUUACCCAGCCCUACUAACAAGCAUGGUUAAUUGAACUUUGCAAAAAUGAUCAUGCAAAAUCUGUCAAUUGAAACUGGUAAUUAGACACUUCUUAUUAAGAAUAUGUUUUAUUGAUUGAUGUCAGAAUUUCACUGUUGGACAUUUAGAGCUGCCCUGUUUUUUUAAUGGUGUUAAAAUCAAAUUUCUUGAACAAAACAUAUACAAACAUUCAACAAAAAGCAAGGCAGCUGGACUGUCUUUGACUCAGUGUGAGAAGCGAUGUGCAGAACCAAACUGAGUUUGGUACACUCUAAUUUAAUUUUUUUUUUAAUGCACUAAGUGUAUUUAUUUAUUUUCUAUGAUGAUGGAAUGUUUGUCAAAUGUUCUGUCUGUUGUACAGUUUUGUACAGUGUAUAUAAUUGCCUUCUAUUCCAUUCUUCAAGAGGUUUUGGAUGAAGGGCAUUGACUUUAGGUCAGUUACUCAUGCGCUUUUGUCCCAGGCACAGGGCUCCUGUUUAAAGCAUAAAUGGAUUAGUUUCUCACUAAGAAACUUUGUAUUUAAGUAAAAUUCAUUUGACAAUUCUGUGUGCAAAUGUUUGUGGACAGCAGAAUAUAUUGUUCCCAACCCAAAGCAAGCCUAAAAGGUUUGCAGCCUUAAAGUCUAAUAUUUUGUUUUUCAUAUGUUAGCAAAAGUUUUGUUUUAUUAUGUUUAUUUAUACUAUUCUGCCUAAUAAA